AGACUGUCAUAUAGUUGAUUAAAGAGUUUAAUGUCAUGGACCUAGGUAUUUUCGAAGCAAUAUGUGAAACCGAAACUGCUAAGGUGCCGGCCUAUGGGAGUAGCCUAAGAAGGAAAAACUGGUGCGUGUGGGGUGAAAACCGGGAAGAAGAAAACCGGGUUAAACGCGUUGGAGGGCGAAACCACGGUUUUCUCGGGGCGAGGUGGGUUUGACUGAAGACAGCGAAAACCAAAGCCUUGGAAAGCCCAGUGUGUCAAGUAACGGCUGAAACGCCACUACCACCACCAUCACACACAAACUCAACACUCUCUCUACUUUCUCCUAUGAGCAGACAGAUGAGAAAGAGAAAACAAAACCGAUAACCCAGAAAGAAAAAGAGAGAAGAAAACAGUGCUGCUCGCCUGCAACAACGGGCUCUCAGCUCUGCCACACUCUCCCUCUUUAGACUCUAAAGAAAGCGUCCGCUGUUUACUCCUAAAGGCUAAAACACACCCUUUUGGGUUUGGGUCCUUCCACUCUCUCCAUCUUCUCGGGAUAAAAGGCUCCUUUCAGGGAUUUUUUCAGGGGUGGGGGUUUUUGUGUAGGUUUCCUCCAAUGGCGGAUAAUGAGGGGUUCGGUGAAGACCAUCUGAGCGGUGGAAGCUUUUCUCAGCUACUCUUCUCGGACGACGUUGUGGGUCUUGAUAUUGAUGAGAGCUUUGCCUAUUCUCCUUCUUUUUCUAACGAGAAGCCUCCUAAAAUGCUGUGCUUUGGGGGGUAUCAGAGCGAAGUGGGGUUUGCUGAACCCACCAAAACUCCUCAGAAAUCUGGAGUUACAUGCAGUGAUUCCUCCUCUGCUUCUUCCACCAAUAACACCAACAUCAACAAAGCCUCCAAAUCUAAUGUCUGCAAUGACUGCUGCAUGCCCAAAAAAUUUUCUGUUUUACCUUCAAUUCUUUUGGAGAUUAGAGAAAAAGCAUCUGGUUUGAUCUUGUUUCCUCUUUGUUUGCAGAAAAAACGAAAUGGGUCAGGCAAUAUGUCUGUGCCAACCUCGAGCGGCCUCGCCAAAGCUCCGGUGGGAGGUCAGAGAAACUCUAAGAAGACCAAAUCGGAGAAUCCCACGUCCGGCGGCCAUGUCAAGGUAAAGAAGGAGAAACUAGGAGAGAGAAUCACAGCAUUGCAGCAGCUAGUUUCUCCUUUUGGCAAGACGGAUACAGCUUCAGUUCUUCAUGAAGCGAUGGGAUAUAUCAGGUUUCUGCAGGACCAGGUUCAGGUGUUGUGUUCUCCAUACUUGCAAACCCUGCCUUCAUCGGCCCACAUGUCUGAGGGCGGAGAAAACGGAGAAGAGAAGUCGAGCAAAGAUCUGAGGAGCAGGGGCCUGUGUCUGGUCCCAGUGGAAUGCACAGAACACGUGGCUAACAACAAUGGUGCUGAUUACUGGUCUCCUGCCAUGGCCAACACCUCAUACAAGAAGUGAAAAAGAAUUUUCUUGCCAAACUUCUCUCUACUGUACAUGCAUGUAUGCCAAGUUGCCAACUGGGCCCUUUGUCACUAGACCGACUACCCACACAAGCUUUGCACAGCUCAUAUUUUGUUCCAUAAAAUAUUCCCAAAAAAAAAAAAAAACAAAAAAAAAUCCCAAAGUGCCAAGUAGAAAGAUCAGAAAACAACACUUUGAUUUGAGGACACAAAGGCUAGGUGAAGUGAAACUGUGUUUUUGGAAGAGCAUGGCCUACACUUUUGUGUAAAUAUUUAUGAAGGGGGGGCUUUUUAGCUUUUGAGUUUUUACUUUUUAACCAACACCCAAUGCAGUUUUGGGAAGAGGGUUGCUGGUGUCAUUGUUCACUUUCCUUUUCUGCACUUCUUUGCUUUUCAAAGCCAUUUUUGGCUUCUUGUAUCAAAUGGGCCUGCCGGGUUGGUGGUGUGGUGGGUCUUGUGAAAAAUGAAAUUUUUGUUAGCUUUUUUCAGAAAAAAAACUGUGUUGGACCCAAUAAGGAAGGAUGGUGAUGGAUUAUAAGAAAUGGGGAGGCUUUGCACCUUAUGUAUGUGUAUUUAUUGUAUUGGUUUCACUGUUGUGGGUCUUAAUUGGAUUCGAUUUUAGUGGAA